UCCGGCAUUGUUCGUGGUGGCUUCAAAAGUGUUGAUUUACCGUUGCACGAACGUAAACUGCUGGAGGCCUAUACUAUGAUGGAGACAUAUCUGCGAAAGCACAAAUAUAUGGCCGCUGAUCAUUUGACUAUUGCUGACAUAUCCAUCGUAACCACAUUGAGUACGGUGAAUCUAAUGUUUCCGAUUGCCGCUGGCGCCACAGACAAAUGGCCUCUAUUGAAUCGUUGGUUCGCGCGCAUGCGAGCAUUGCCGGUAUAUCAUAUCAAUGAGACGGGUUUGGAAAAGCUACGCGUUGUCAUCGAGCGAAUUGGCAAAUUUAAAUUUCCAACAAGCGAAAUUGCGACACCACCCGAAGAGGAGCAGGAGUCCAAGGAGGAACCUAAGACAGAAGAAGCGAAUGUUGUGAACCAAGAAAAUGAUGAAGACAAUAGGCCAGAAAAUACUCCAAAUGUGGAUUAGUUUAAAUUCACUGAGAUUUACCGAAAUUUUGAAAUAUAUUUUCCUUACGGUUUUCAUAAAUUACAUAUGAAGGAACUGCUUAAAUUAUUUAAGUGAAAUGUAUUAAAGAUUGAUUUAAAUCGUUUUGGUAAGUAAUAGAGCAUAAAUUCGGAUUAAAGAGAACGAUUUUCAGAAA